AGCAGCAGCAGCUCGUGGGGCGUCGCAGGACGCGGCGCGGUGGCGGCGCGUGGCGCGGGGACGGACUGCGCUGCUUCGGCGGUGGAUGUUCGGCGCUGCAGCCUCGCGGCGGCCGCGGCUGCACCGCUGCCGCCCGCGCGCGGCGGCCGCUGGCGACGAGGCAGCUCGACGGGUAGCGUGCUCGCCGAGCCGUUCGCGGGCGCCGCCGCCUGGCCAGGCAGCCUGCAUGGCCGUGCCCCCUUCGGCAGCAGCGGCGGGGGAGCGGGAUCGCCGCCGGCCGCCAUGUCUCGGAUCAGCGUGCGAGCGCUGCGGGUGCUGACGCCCGCGUCGGCGCUGGCCUCUCUCGUGGCGAACGCCAUCGCGCUCUGCUCAAACAGCUGGCUGCACAGCACCGAGCUGAUGCCGAACCCGAGCUACAACGGCUCCGGGGACCGCGAGCAGCUCGCCAAGAACACCGUGUCCGGACUCUGGAAGAUCUGCUUCAACGAACCCGGCAAGUCGGAUAUGAAUUGUGUGAUGAUCGACUACUUUCCAAAGGAGGAGUACAGUCCUGAUCCCAACGACUCAACGAUGGCAAUACCUUACGCCGUGAAGCGUGCCUCGGCGUUCAUCCUGAUCAGCGCCCUGGUGCUGGUGGUGGGGGAGCUGCUGUGCUUCCUGGGCCACCUGUUUCGGCGCGGACGUGUGCUCACCUUUGCUGGAGGCAUCGCAUUCAUACUCUCCGGGCUCAUGAUCCUGGUGGGCAUGGUGAUCUACAUCUCGACCUUCAAGGCCGAGGUGGGCUCCAAGCUGCGGCCCAAGUCUUCCUUCCAGGAACCCCUGUUCACCUACAGCUACGGCUACUCGUUCCUGCUGGCCGUCACGGGGCUCAUGUCGUGCGAGCUGGCGGGCACCUUCUCCAUCUUCCUCUGCAUCCACCGUUACCAGCAGCAGCUCAGGAAGAAGCUGGACCGGCUCAAGCCGGUCGACCACCUGCCGGGUUGCCGGCGGUACCAGCAGCCUCUGCAGAGACACGCCUCUUCGGCGAGCCAGCGCCUGCUGCCCCACUCGUCUUCCCCGCCUCCCACGGCACCCGGCCGGAGCGCGUCGGCCCGGAGGCACCACUCCUACCACCAGCAACACACGGGCUCCGAGCCCAGCUCGCUGGCGUUCGAGCCCCCGUCGCCUCCGGGCUCGUCGAGGCUUCACCACCACCAGCACCACCAGCAGGGUGGCGGCGGCAGACCGCGCUUGCCGGCGUCGGAGUCGAUGAGGGACCUGUCGUACUACAACUUCCCCCCUUUCUCGAGAGACACGACCUGCAACACCGUCUCCACCACGGCCGACAACCUGACGCGCGAAUACUCGCGCGAGUUCUCGUUCGAGACGUUGCGCCGGACCACGCCGGUCUGAGGUUGUUGCCCGCUGUAGGUGUAGCUGUCGCGGUCGGUCUCGUUUUUUUUCUCUCCUCAUCGUCGUCGACUCGGAAGACGACGACCAGCAAUCACUCACUCACUCUUCGUUGCGGAGGCGACACUGUGUACAGCGGGCGACGCUCGUUUGUCAGAUACCCCAUUCACUCGCUUGCAAAUAAUGGACGCUCGUGUGUAGAAAACCUCGAGUCCUGUGCGCUAGCAGUGAAGGAGAGGAAAGAGUUGAGGCCGGGUGCCAAUGAAGGCGACGCCGUGGCGAGUUUGUGUGAUGGCUUCACGGAAGUAUUGUCAGGGGCUAACUGUCAGAGUCCUCUCAGCUCAGAUGAUACGUUGGUUAGUAGUCAUCGUAGAAUGCUACGUGUAGAAUUUCCAGUGCAGUUCACUUUCAAGGAAGUGGCAGGCAAGGCUUUUCCGCGCUCAGCUGUGAACUGUAGAGGGUGUGAGUGCUUAGCGAGAGAGAGAGAGAGAGUACGCAGACGUUGGUUCAAGUGCCUAAUUUAUUCACGUACUGAAAAAUGUACUGACCAGUCGGUUUUCGUUUGACUCAACGCCAGAUGAAUCGUAGGUGGUGACGACGUGUUAGUAGCUACGUGAAUCAUGCCGACUUGUACAAACACGGUGAUAGUAAAUCACAAGGCGAGCAUCAAACUACGUGGUGCUGCCGUCUUUUCAUCAUGACAGAUUCUGAAAAUUGGGCAUGCUCAACCAUCACCAGGCCUUUGUGUCGCUUACAUGACGCCCACAAGGUAGCGCUUUAACAUAUCGAGAUAAGGUCGUCGGCUAGGGUUACUCCUUAUGGUCUUACCAGCUGUAUUUGGCAUCGCUGUACUCGUAUCGACACUAAAGCCGGCGGUGAGAGGUUCGGUCACACUUAGUCGAAGAUGGCAGCGUGUUAUCAAGCCCAUGUACGGUCGAAUGAAGCCAUGAGCUGACUAUUUCUGCAUCUGUGUCAGCUAUGAUCACAAAAGGUAUUUUGAUGCCUUUGUCACUAUAGAGAGAGUUAUUCCAUUUUAUGAUAUGAUAAUCAUAUCUACAGCUUGCGCAAUAGGAAGCAACGUAGCGUAUAAUUCAGGCCCUUCCAAAAAGAAAGAAAAUUCGCAGAAAAAAAGAAAGCACCAAACCUACAGCAAUGCCACCAACUCUGGCGCAAGCUCUCUCCGAACGAGCCACACAAAAACAUCGUGUAUGUAAAUCACAAUUCCGGCACUCGCACCCCCUAUUUGUGAAAGAAAGAAUAACAGCUUAUUUUCUGAUGUCAGGCAUCAGAAAGUUCUAACUUCGCACUGAACGUAGCAAUCUACCAGAUGACUGCACCCUGGAUGGCAACUCCUACUAACGACCGACUACGUGCGGAAAGCUGAUGGUUCGUUCUUAAAGACGUAGGAAAAUGAAAGCAGCUCCUAGCUCAGUAUAAAGCUCAGUGGGAACGCGAGCGCAAACCGAAUGGCGUCGAGCCUCCCAGGCUUAUGUCGGGUGACCAAGGUUCCGGUUCAUGGCAUGGCCUCAGAGACUGCACGUGCGUUGACGAAUCUCGGAGCCGAUGUAUUACGUACGCUACUAGUUCUCAAAGCUUCCGCCUCAAGCAGCGCGAUUAGGGGGUCGUUCCUUUCCUGUUAUUUCGCUCUUUCCUAUCUGAGUGAAAAAGCAGAGGGCUGGCGACAAUUCUUGCGCCUGUUUAGAAGAAGCAGACUAAAGGGACUCAUAUGCAAUUUCGGCUCCGGGACAGGGCGAAGUACUUCACGUCCUUGCGAAGCUACUAUAUUAAAGUACACUAAAUUUCAAAAGUAAUUUUAUAUGUCAUACUAUAGCACUGUGAUCAUUUGUUGAGGACGUGCUGCGGUGCAUUUCCAUGCGGCAGCACGUAGAAGUGAUUGUGCGAUGUAAAGGUGACUCUAGAAGAUUUAAUCUGCAAUGGUGAAAAUUAGCCAAAAUUUGGGCCGCUAAGGGUGCUGAACGUAGAACUUGAAGGCACUUGAACUUAGGCUUCUCUCGUCAAGUCAUUUUUAUUCCCCUCAGCUAUUCAUCUACGCGGCAUCGCUCACAAAAUGGCCGUGAGAUGGCGGUACGUGGCGCAUGAACCGGAGUCCUGGUAGCGCAGGGUUUUAGACAACACAGUGGUGCUGGCUUCGAUCUCCUCCCCUCAAUCUCUGCAAGCAGCCCUUACGUGAGACAAAUGUUCAGCCCGUUCUCAAACCGCUUAUACUCAUCCCCGGUAUCAAUCACCACCGGUAUUAAUAUUCCCGCUUAGUUUACAAAUCACGAUUCCCUCCUUGACUAAGUAACCCCCACAUAAGGGAUUGCGUAAGCACUGACGCUUAAAGCACAGAUCUCAUACUCAGGCACGAGUGAACCGUCUUUAUUACGUUGAUCUUGUUUUUCAUCCGUGGUAGUAGGUUUUUAAAGUCAACAACGCGUACAGUAGUGUCCCGUAUCCAACAUAUUUACUUACAUUUCGCUCCGUUAAAAACAAUUUGAUACCAGUGCGCACGAAGUUGAAAAGUGACGGAGGUAAAUUACAGAAAAAAAAAUUCCGAUUUGCCGCGGUACUGUUUUAAUUUAGGUGAUUUUGAAUGGCUGCGAACCGAUACUCGUUGAUGCUUCAUCUAUGGCAUGCGGCCGUUCAUAAUGAAGCACCAGACAGCGAAUCAUGGCGUCGGUUACAGGACACUACUGCACUUGUUGUCCCGGAAAGGCCUUUUCAUAGCGCCAUCUCGCGGGGGCCUCGAGAGUACACGUUAUCCUUGCACGGGAGGGAGUUUCAUCUGGAUAGAUAUCGCGUAGGCUUUUCAACUGCCCCAACACACAGGAGCGAUAAGUAUGCAUGCAUUGACGCAGCAUCUCGGCUCAAAUAAUAAUUAAAAAAAAAGAAGUCUUAGCAGUGUGCGCGACCCGGUCGUGCGCCGAGGUGGUGGACUGAAGCGGCAAGUCGACGUUCUAUCGUCGCUACAUCUUUGUAUCUUAACACUUUCAAAGAGACUCCUUUCACAAGCAUCAUCGAAUUGUUCAAGUGGAGAGACUUUGUAUAAUGCAAUUCGCGGGUGCCGGUGGUUUUUUU